CUUUACGUUGUUUGCUAACUUGACUUAAGGGCAGAAGAAGGCGCUGCAUAUACAUUUCACUCACCGGGCUAAAUGUCGCUGCUGUCGAGGCAAAUUUCGGGGUAGUGAAACCGUGAUACUAUUUGAUAAACACGCAAAAUAACAAGAGGACGAAAUUAAAUAUUGGGUAAAUAUUCACAGGAACUCCAUCUGUCGUGUUGUCACGCUGUCUAAAUGUUACCGUAGUUUGUUGAGGGUUAGCGGCUAACACUCUGUCAGCCAUAUCGAAGCAAGAUUGGGAGAAUUUUAACUCUCGGUUUCAGACGGAAGUAAUUCUCAAAGAAAAAAAAUUUGAAAAAAAGUUAGCGGGUUGAUUUUUACGACUCUUGGUUUACUUUGGGAUAACUACCGGGUGAGUGAACCCACCUCUGCCCCAGCGGCCCGGUUCCACCCAAACCGGGGCAACCGGGAGGCAGCGUCUGGAUCAUCCGGGGAAGGCGUUCUCUGAGCGGGGAGGAUUGGUCACUGGGUGCCGGGUAAUCCGGGAAGAGAACUCAUGAAUGGAAAGCGGAACAACAGGAGCCGCUAGCGCCCAAGCCCUUUUCUCAUUGCCGCAGCGACCCGGCUAUGGCACUGUCGGAAAGCCCAUCAAGCUUCUGGCAAACUGCUUCCAGGUUGAGAUACCCAAGAUUGACGUCUACCUGUACGAGGUUGACAUCAAACCUGACAAAUGUCCUCGCAGGGUCAACAGAGAAGUGGUGGACUCCAUGGUCAAACAUUUCAAGGUGACCAUCUUCGGUGACCACCUUCCAGUUUACGAUGGGAAGAAAAGCCUCUACACAGCUAACCCACUUCCUGUCGCCACUGGCGGGGUGGAUUUGGACGUCACCCUCCCAGGCGAAGGUGGCAAGGACCGCCCAUUUAAGGUCACCGUGAGGUUCGUAUCAUUGGUCAGCUGGCACCUGCUGCACGACGUCCUGCUGGGGCGCGGGACGGCCCAACCAUUGGACCUGGAAAAACCCGUCAGCACCAACCCGGUUCAUGCCGUUGACGUGGUUCUUCGUCACUUGCCCUCCAUGAAGUACACACCUGUCGGGCGGUCCUUCUUCUCCUCCCCGGAAGGUUACGACCACCCGCUCGGUGGAGGACGAGAGGUCUGGUUCGGCUUCCAUCAGUCUGUACGACCUGCUAUGUGGAAGAUGAUGCUCAACAUUGAUGUGUCAGCCACCGCGUUUUAUAAAGCCCAGCCGGUCAUUCAGUUCAUGUGCGAGGUGCUGGACAUUCACAACAUUGACGAGCAGCCCCGCCCACUCACUGAUUCGCACAGGGUUAAAUUUACCAAAGAAAUUAAAGGUCUGAAAGUAGAGGUGACACACUGCGGAACCAUGCGAAGAAAGUACCGAGUUUGCAAUGUAACACGACGCCCUGCAAGCCUUCAAACUUUUCCUUUGCAACUGGAGAACGGUCAGACCAUUGAACGCACAGUAGCGCAAUACUUCCGGGAGAAGUACAACUUGCACCUCAAGUACCCCCACCUGCCUUGUUUACAAGUGGGACAAGAACAAAAACACACCUACUUACCACUUGAGGUAUGCAACGUUGUUGCUGGUCAGCGCUGCAUCAAAAAACUGACCGAUAACCAAACAUCCACCAUGAUCAAAGCAACAGCCCGUUCUGCUCCGGACAGACAAGAAGAAAUCAGCCGGCUGGUGCGGAGCGCCAAUUACAGCGCCGACCCAUUCGUCCAAGAGUUCCAGUUCCACAUCCGCGACGAGAUGGCGCAGGUGACCGGCCGCGUCCUGCCGGCCCCCAUGCUGCAGUAUGGCGGCAGGGUGAGCUCCGAACCCUAUAUGAACCGCACAGUGGCCACGCCCAGUCACGGGGUGUGGGACAUGAGGGGUAAGCAGUUCCAUACAGGAGUGGAGAUCAAGAUUUGGGCUAUUGCCUGUUUCGCCACCCAGAGGCAGUGUCGGGAAGAGAAUCUCAGGAGCUUUACCGAUCAGCUUCGGAGAAUUUCCAAAGAUGCUGGCAUGCCAAUCCAGGGUCAGCCAUGUUUCUGUAAAUACGCCCAAGGUGCAGACAGUGUUGAGCCCAUGUUCCGACACCUGAAGAACACGUACAUGGGCCUUCAGCUCAUCAUCGUAAUCCUUCCUGGAAAAACACCCGUCUACGCUGAGGUGAAGCGGGUUGGCGACACCCUUCUUGGCAUGGCGACUCAGUGUGUCCAGGUAAAGAACGUAGUCAAGCCCUCACCUCAAACGCUGUCCAAUCUCUGCCUCAAAAUCAACGUCAAGCUCGGCGGCAUCAACAACAUCCUGGUUCCUCAGCAACGUCCCUCCGUUUUCCAGCAGCCAAUCAUCUUUCUUGGAGCUGAUGUCACUCACCCUCCAGCGGGAGAUGGGAAGAAGCCAUCAAUCGCGGCGGUUGUCGGCAGCAUGGACGCUCACCCCAGCAGGUACUGCGCAACCGUGCGAGUCCAGAGGCCCAGACAGGAAGUCAUCCAAGACUUGGCCUCUAUGGUGCGAGAACUCUUGAUCCAGUUCUACAAAUCCACUCGCUACAAGCCAACCAGAAUCAUUUUUUAUAGAGAUGGUGUGUCCGAGGGCCAGUUCAGACAGGUGUUGUAUUAUGAGCUACUAGCAAUCAGAGAAGCGUGCAUCAGUCUGGAGAAGGAAUAUCAACCGGGCAUUACGUAUAUUGUCGUGCAAAAACGACAUCACACGCGACUGUUCUGCGCUGAUCGCAACGAACGGGUUGGAAGAAGCGGAAACAUUCCCGCCGGAACGACUGUAGACACUGACAUCACGCACCCUCAUGAGUUUGACUUUUACCUCUGCAGUCAUGCUGGAAUCCAGGGCACGAGCCGUCCGUCCCACUACCACGUGUUGUGGGACGACAACUGUUUCACCGCCGACGAUUUCCAACUCCUCACCUACCAGUUGUGCCACACGUACGUGCGCUGUACCCGCUCCGUCUCAAUCCCGGCGCCUGCUUACUACGCUCACCUGGUGGCCUUCCGUGCACGCUAUCACUUGGUGGACAAAGAACACGAUAGUGCGGAGGGCAGCCACAUCUCAGGGCAGAGUAACGGCAGGGAUCCUCUGGCGUUGGCCAAGGCUGUCCAGAUCCACCACGACACGCUGAGGACCAUGUACUUCGCCUGAACGCACCUCAGGAGCCGAAUGCAGGGUUGAAGAUUCUCCAUUUUUUUAAAAAAACAAAAUUUAAGAUCAUGUUUCAGAUUUUACCGGAUUCGGUACGUCUUUGGUCGUACGUUGAAGGCAAUAACCCAAAGCGCCUAAUCAUGAUCCGUCUUCCACAUUUAGUCCGGUUCAUUAUGUUGACGGUUUUACAUAUUUCUCGUGUGUUUUAAGAGGUGUGUAUCUGCAGAAUCGGCAAGCUGCCUUAAUAUGGAUGUCAAAAGUGUGUCAGCCAGUACGUUGGUUGAGAGUUCAUGAAGGAUGACUUGAUUUACAGCCUUACUGUGAAUUGCAGAAACUUGGACUGUUUUUUUUUUUUAUCUUGUAGUAGAGCUGCUGUGUGAGAUAUGUGAGAAAUUAGGGAUAUUUCGUCAUUUUCCUCUCAUUCGCUACAAUGACAGCCAAUUAGCCUUUUGCGACAGGUGAGUUAGCACGUUCGCGACGGCAGGUGAGUUAGUGCUUGUGAUGGCAGGUGAGUUAGCGCAUCUGCGAUUUGACAACGCGUGAGCUAGCGCGUCUGCGACUUGACGAUGCGGGAGCUAGCGAUUCUGCGAUUUGACAACUCGUAAGCUAGCGCGUCUGUGACUGGACGACGUGUGAGCUAGAGCGUCUGCAAAUGGACGACGCGUGAGCUAGCGCGUCUGCGACUCAACGCUUGGGCUAGCGCGUCUGCGACUCGACGACGCUUGGGCUAGCGUGUCUGCCACUCGACGACGCCUGGGCUAGCGCAUCUGCCACUCGACGACGCUUGGGCUAACGCGUCUGCCACUCGACGACGCUUGAGCUAGCGACUCGACGGGGCGCGGGCUACAGCGUCCGCGACUCGAUGGGGCGCGGGCUAGCGCGCCCGCGAAUCGACGGGGCGCCGGCUAGCGCACCCGCGAAUCGACGGGGCGCCGGCUAACGCGCCCGCGAAUCGACAGGCCGCCGGCUAGCGCGCCCGCGAAUCGACGGGUUGCCGGCUAGCGGGCCCGCGAUUUGAGGACGAGUGAGCUAGCGCGUGACUAUGCGUGAGCUAGCGCGCCUGCGAUUCAGUGACCCUUGAGUUAGCACGCCCGCGACUCGAUGACAAGUAAGCUAGCGUGCCUGCGACUUGACGACGGGUAAGCUAGCGCGGCUGCGACUUGAUGACGGGUAAGCUAGCGCGUCUGCGACUUGAUGACGGGUGACCUAGCGCGUCUUGCGACUUGAGCUAGCACAACCUGCGACUUGACGAAGCGUGAGCUAGCGCGUCUUCGACUUGACGAAGCGUGAGCUGGCGCGUCUUCGACUUGAUGAGGCGUAAGUCUGUGAAUUUACAAUGGGUGACCUAGCGCAUCAGGGUCUUGAAGACGCGGAAGCCAGCGCGUCUGCGUCUUGACGACGCGGAAGCCAGCGCGUCUGCGUCUUGACAACGCGGAAGCCAGCGCGUCUGCGUCUUGACGACGCGGAAGCUGGCGCGUCUGCGUCUUAAAUACGCGGAAGCUGGCGCGUCUGCGACUUGAAGACGCGGAAGCUGGCGCGUCUGCGACUUGACGACGUCGGAGCUGGCGCCUCUGUGACUAGACCAGACGGGAGCUAGCGAUUCUGCGAUUUGACAACUCCUAAGCUAGCGCAUGACGACGCGUGAGCUGGCAGCAAAACAUGAAGUAGUGUGUUCGCUGCAGUUGAGCGAGCAAGUUCGCGACUUUGACUUAAUAGGUGCGCUAAUGCAUUCAUGAUGAUGGGUAAGCUAGCGCAUUAUCAAUGACGAGUGUGAUAGCUAAUUGCGCACUAACUCAUGUGCUAAGUGCGUGCUAAUUCAGCCGUUUCCGCACUAAUUUCACCGAAUAUCCCUAAAUCUUUUGCACGUUUUGAGUUUAGUACCUUUUUAAAGAAUAAAAUCCACAUUUAUUUGCAUUAUGAAAAGUUCUAUGCCCGCCGAACUUGCGUAGAAGAGUCGUUGGGUGCAAUAAUGUUCCUGUAAUUGUUUUUUUUCCUUUUUGUUUUUUUUGCUUCAGAAAGAUAGUUUUCAAGUUACGCCGAAGAAAUAAUGGUCGCUUUUAAAGUGCCUGAUCAGAUUAGAAAGUGCAAUGUGCGUUGUCACCGGAACUCCAGAUUAGCUGCUGCUAGUUAAAGAAAGAUGUCGUAUUCUCGUGAAAAAGCAUAUUAUAGACUAUAUAUUAAUACCGAGGGACUUGAAACAAAUAUAUUUACUGCACUUAAGGGUCGAUUGCCUGCAUUUAAAGCAUCUUUAGCCAUGUAAAUAGUUUCACAUUUCACAUUUACGGGCCGCCCGAUAAGACGUGAACGUUAAGUUUACUUGAAGAACAGUCCGUCUUGGGCACGUUGAGAAAUUUUUUUAAAAAGCCUUAAUGGACAGCUGUGUUUUUUUCUCCCAAGUAAAUCCAAAGAUGGAGAAGUAUUUAUAUUUUAAGAUAUCAGUGUAUUAUUUUAAUAAGCGAACGGUAGUCACUAAAUUUGUCCUUUGUGCCUUUUUGUGAUGGUGCUUAAGAAAAAAAGGCAGAAAAUCUAAACUAUCCAUUAAUCACAAUACUGUAAAGGUGUUUUUGUACUUUGUGCCUCUGUCGUAUGCCAAGACUAACAACAAAUAAUGCAGAUUUUUUUUGGGGGGUGGGGGGCGCUGACGGGACCAAAAAGUACAUAAUUCAUGGUAAAAAGUAGUUCAACAAAAACCUCAUGUCAUGAUAGCUUGACGUUAAACUGUGCACGUUGUUUGAACAGCAAUAAUAAAAGAGCCGGCGAGUGUUCAGGAUUGACUUUAUCCUGAUUCAUAUAUAUUUGUUUAAAUUUCAUGUGAUUUUGAGACGUUUACAGUCAGAAGUCUCCGAUAAAAAUGAUGAUACUACAAAACCUGUUUUCGAUUGCGUGUCACACCUCAUUGAAGUUUAAAUUAUGCUAAUCUUCACGCUAGUCGAGACCGUUUUCAUCUUAACACUUCGCCCGGUUCUAAUUUAUUUAGUUUUCAUAUUUAAUUUUUGUAAUAAAUUGUUGGCUGGAAACGAAAAAGUGUGUUUUGGUGGUGAAAUUUGCUGAACGCAAUAAAAAAUGCGAUCUUAAAAAGUGGACUUUUUGAGUUUUCUAGCUAGCUUGAAUGUUAGCAUGGGUUAGUUUCUUGCUUUGGCUAUUGCCGUCAAUGUUGACGAUACAAUUUGCGAUACAAGGCUAUCACUAGUAGACGACCAAUCUGUUUGAAAUGGGAGGGUGCCCCUCAACUUAAAGGCGUUGCGCAGUGAAAGUGAAAUCAGACCCGUCAAUCAUUAUAAAGUCUAUGAUGCCUCUUAGCAUGCAUAGCAGCGCUACAGAUGUAAAUAACAAUCAAAAAUCAUGUUCUGUGCUAAUUAUUUCUUCAGUUAUUGUUCUAGAUGUUUCAUUAAUUGCUAGGAAUGGAAUUUGGUAACACUUUAUUUGACAGUGGUGCCAUAAGACUGUCAGAAUUAUGACAUGACACUGCCAUAAGCAUUAAUGAAUACUUAUGGCAGACAUCAUUUCGUGUUAUCCGGCAAAUUAUCUCACUUUUAAUGGAUUGAAAAGAUCCAAGCUGGACAUAAAUGGAGUUAGUGACACUGAAUGACAUCUGACAUAACAUUCAUUAAAGCCCAUGAUAAUGUCAUGUCAUCAGGUCUUGUGGCAGUCUAAUGACUCUGUUAUCAAGUAAAGUGUUACCUAUUAACCAAAAUAAAUCAUCAAAUAAACUGCACUGGACUAUAAGACACCGGAUUCAAAAUGAGGGAAAUAAGUAGCGGCUUAUUAUCCGAAAAUUACAGUACCUUUUCUGAUAUAUUGUCACACCCCUAGUACUGAUUAUACUGGUAUAAAGAGGUUUUAUUUGUGUACAGCUCUCACAAAGAAUGGUGACAUUUCCUAAUUGGAACCAGAAAAUGGUAGCGAUUAAUUACAAUGUGAUCCGCCACAUCACUUUAUGACUUUAUGAUUUAUGACUAUGACUGAGUAAUAUUUGUAUCUACACACUACAAGCAGAUUGUGCUUAUUAAUUGAAUUUAGAUAAGCAGUACCAGAGAUUGAAGUUUAUUCAGUACAUAAUUAAAUGUUAAUACAGUGGUACUUCUACUUACGAACGUCUCUACAUAAGGAAUUUUCCUGUUGACACGCCUCAAAAGGAAAAUACUGCCUCUUGUUGCAAACUAAAUUUCAGGAUACGAAAGGCAAAAAUUCAGUAUGGGCUGCUACGCGCAGCUCCCAGAGUU